AUGCGUGAAUGUAGUGGUGGGGGAAUGGUCCCUGAGUAUGGUGGCGCCGAUGGUCAUGUUGACCAUCCUGUUGCUACCAGUGAUGGUUAUGGUUCUGGCCAGAUUGAAGGUAUGGUUUCCUCGAGUGAACAGGAACAGCAUCAGUUGUUAUACCAACAGCAACAAUUGCAGUACAAGCAACAACAGUACGAACAAAUGCUGUUUCAAGAUGAGUUCAGCUCGCAAAAUCAGCAGCUGCGAGGAGGACACAUGAAUGUACAGCGACAAAGGUCUGAACCGAAUCAGUUUACUCAACAACAUCAUUUGCAACAGCAACAACAGUUGCAACAGCAACAACAGUUGCAACAGCAGGCACAGGAGUACCAGCAGAAUAUUCAACAUCAAAAAGUGGAAAGGCAAAUUAGCGGGCAAUACCCACAGCAAGUUAGCAGCAAUGUUAAUCUACAGUAUUCAACCAACGAUACUGAUCAAUGGCAGCAGCAUGGCAACACUGAUACACAGUAUGAAGAUUUUGAUUCAGAGGAGGAAAGCAAUCGAUAUUAUGAUGAGAGCAGAAAGUGGUUUUGGUCUUUCAAAAGAGAACGGUGGAUCCGUGCAGAGAACAGGCGAGAAAGCCAGUAUGAUGAUCAACGAUAUCACAGAUCUGACUCGAGAAGAAGUCGCAAUCGUGAGCGAAGAAGAGAGAGCCAGGGUAGAAGAAGAACAGACUACAAUGACCGAGCAUAUUAUGAUAAAUAUUAUCGUGAUUCUUAUGAUCGGGAUUACCAUCGCGGGGAGUCUGGCUUUAGUGGGUCCAGUGGUGAUAGUCAGCGGCGUGGUUCUCGUUCAGGACGAUCAUCUCGGGACGAGUCUCCACGUUCAGUUUCAUCACGGUCGAGCUCGCGGGCUCGACGAAGUAACAACCGCCACUCGAAACGAACGGUCUACGACUAUGAAGAUUCUUAUCGCAGAGGCGAGGACUAUUAUGGUCGAAGUCACCAAUCAUCCCGUAGCUCAAGACGAUUGAGCUCAGGAAGUUACAGCUCAUCCACAUCAAACUCUCUGGGAGACAGUAUCAAGCGGGAUGACCAGAACAAGCAACAACAGAGUAGUGCAAUCGCCGCUGAAGAUACGGUUAAACGGAUAAUUACUCCUGAACGACUAACCCCGAAGCAGCAUACAAAACCUCAUAUUGUUGGAGCGUUUUCAACCGCCUCUCGAUUGAGUGUUGCUCCAGCCAGACAGGUUCUUGAUGGUGAGACUGCUGAAGUGUACUUGACUGAUGUCAAGAGCGAAGGUAGAUUCAACGAGGCGAUGCGCAAUUUCCCUGGACCACUUUGCAGGGGCAAAACCCAUAAACGGGAUGUUGUAAAGUAUGCCAAAGAGAUGGCCAUGAUGGCUUUCAACAACCAAAGCGAUUCUUUUGAAAAACGCGAGGCUGGCUACAUUCUUUGGCAAGUGUUGGCUGUUAUGGUCCAACAAAAUGGGGUGUACCUCAACACCGAUAUUGCCGAGGUUCUAACCUCGGACCUACCCGAAGAUUCUUAUACAAGACGGGAACGUAGUUCUUUCAGCUCUGAAAGGGUAUCCUUUGCAGCUGAUGGGCAAGAUUAUUCCAAACACGAUCAAGUCGCGACAUAUCGAGAGCUUCUCUUGGCUGGCAAAACACAGGAAGCUCUGGAACACGCAGUAAACUCCAAGAUCUGGGGCCACGCCUUGAUGCUAGCAUACCACACUGACCAGAAUGUAUUUUCGAAUAUCAUGGAAAGAUUCAACAGUCAACUUAAUGAGGACGACUCCUUGUUAUGUUUGUAUCAGCAUCUCGGGUCUAAGCGACCUUCAAUUUUAGAUAAAAAGACAAGGCGAUGGAGAAAACAUUUGGCAAUCAUGAUUUCAAAUCCAUCCAAGUCAACCGCUAAAGAUAGCGAAAAUAUUCAUGCACUUGGCGCGAGCUUAGAGUCUCGUGGCCUGAUUGAAGCAGCUCAUCUUUGCUACAUAUUAGCAGGAGAAGAAAUUAGUAAACAGAGUGGCACAUUGUUACUAGGUUAUUCUUCGAAUGAAAUCCGACCAGAAUUCGUGGAUUUCCUGGCUCUUCAACGCACAGAGAUAUAUGAAUACGCUAUGAGCCUCAAAGAUGAAAAUUUUAUAAUAAAAGAUUUCCAGCCAUGGAAAGAAUUGUACGUCCAUUCAUUGGCCGAUGCCGGAUUCCAUAAUAAAGCAUUUCGUUAUUGCGAGAAAUUGGUAGAUGAUGUCUUGAAGCAUUCAACAUCUUUUACUAAAGAUAUGAUAACGCGACUUCAUGCGUUAUCCAUGAGACUUUACAGACGAGAAUUUAUUGCGCCGUUAUUAGAUAUGAACGGACGCCUGAAACAAUUGUUAGAUCUACUCAAGGAAAACAACGAAACCUUAUGGCACUCGUUCUUGUCUACCAGCAGCUGGCAAACAUUGGCGCAACAACUACCUCAGCAAUCGCAACUUCCACAGGAAAUGCCGUAUGAACACACGCAAAACAUUGAUCAUAAAGAAGUUCAAAUUCCACUACAAUGGACAACAAAGCUUCUCAGAGUUUCGCUCAAUUCGAGCCCACCGCUGCACCAAGUGGCAACAUGUCCUACACCGGGGAAUUUCAAGCUCAAGACCAGUACCAUCGCAAGGGAAUUACCCUACGGGGUUGCUCCCACCGACCAAACUCUUCCACCGGAGAAUUACCCCUAUGAAAAUGUCGCACAAGCAGUUCCGAGCAGCAUAGAGCACGAUGAAACAGGAUUACCAAGUUCUGGCACAAACUUCUACGAAGGGGACUCUUUUGAGCAUUUGUUACGGAAGCAGCCGAGUAAUGCUAGUGUUAACGCAGUCGAAACAAGUGGAAUUUCAGCGCCUGCGACUUCAGAUAAUAGUUUUGAUUACUACGCUCAAUCUAACUUCAGGGAAUCAAAUAUUGCGAAUGGCGCAAAGAAGGAAGAAACUCAAGCCCAGACCAAGGAAGAGAAGAAGACCAAAAAAGACGAUAACAAGAACUCAGAGAAACAGAGUGGCGGAUUAUUUACGUCAUUCGGCGGUUUCUUCAAAUCUUUCAUUCCCAAAGGCAAGAACGAGAUUAUCUUACCUGACGAUAAGAAGAAAACUAUCUAUUGGGACGAAAAAGAAGGAAAGUGGGUGAACACGGAAGAAGGUGAAGAGGAGAAAGCUGAUUUGCCUCCACCACCAAUUGAUCCAUCUUUGAUUGGCGGUGCCCAACCUGUCAUGCCUACCAUCCCAUCAGGAACUGUUAGACAACCUACACAAACAUCUGGCACAUCGAGUGCAGCUACCGGUUUCUCAAACACACCGCAACUUCCAGCAUCCCAGGCUUCAUCAGCGUCGCAAACUCCUCCCGCGGCAAACGCUCCACCAAUCAUUCCUGGCGCUUUUACUCCAGAUCAACCAGAAAUAUCGUUGAUUAAUUCACCAUUAUCGACACCUAGCCGAUUUUCGCGUAGAGCUCACAGCUCGAAAGGACAUAGAUCGAACUAUGUUGAUGUCUUGAGUGCCUCAGGGGCAACGACGAAACCUAACGAAACCGCGUCACCUCUCCUUUUCCAACCGUUUCCAGCACCACCAGGAAAUCAGGCACCAAUAGCAAGCAACAUUCUGUCGAAUACUGAAGGAUCACCGAUGCCGCCAGCUAGUCAGAGCAACGGCGUUGACCAGAGCAGUGUAGCCAACAAUACUGUGGAGGAACAGUCGACUAACUGACAGGAUUCUCAAUCGUCUCCCGCCGUACCGUUUUUCAAUCC